AUAGUAGGGGGUUCAGAGCAAACCUGGGGACACUGUCUUCCUGAGCUAAGGUGUUCCUGAGAAGACCGAGCUGCGAGUUCCAUACUCUGCUGAUCUUCUUCUACAUCUCACAGGAAAAGAUCUGGACUGCUAUGAAAUUUAUCUCCUAUUUGAGUGUCACUGUUGGGAUAUUUUUCUCUGCUCCGUCAUCUGCGCAGAAAGAAGACCAUGCUCCCUAUUUGGUAUACCUCAAGUCUCACUUCAACCCCUGUGUGGGUGUCCUCAUCAAAACCAACUGGGUGCUGGCCCCAGCUCACUGCUACUUACCAAAUCUGAAAGUGAUGCUGGGAAAUUUCAAGAUCAGAGUCAGAGAUGGGACAGAGCAGACAAUUAACCCUGUCCAGAUUAUCCGCUAUUGGAACUAUAGUCAUAGCUCCCCCCAGGAUGACCUCAUGCUCAUUAAGCUGGCUAAGCCUGCCACCCUCAACACCAAAGUCCAGCUCCUUUCCCUCGCCACCAGCAACUCCAGGCCAGGCACCGUCUGUGUGAUUUCAGGUUUGGACUGGAGCCAUGACAACAGUGGCCGACACCCUGAUUUAAGGCAGAACCUGGAGGCCCCUGUGAUGUCCGAUAAAGAGUGCCAGAAAACCGAACAAGGAAAAAGCCACAGGAACUCCUUGUGUGUUAAAUUUGUGAAAGUGUUUAGCCGAAUUUUUGGGGAGGUGGCUGUCGCUACUGUCAUCUGCAAAAACAAGCUCCAGGGAAUCGAGGUCGGACACUUCAUGGGAGGGGAUGUCGGCAUCUACACCAAUGUUCACAAAUACAUACCCUGGAUUGAGAGCGUCACUAAAGAUAAAUGAGACCCUACUACUCCCUCCGCAUCCCACUGGCUCCACCAUCGACUCUACGAGCCAUUACUUUACCCAAACUCAAAGUAAAACGUCCAAAUAGAAAUAUCUGGAUACAUCACACCAGUAGCCUAUGUUUCCUUGUUGUGUC